CUCUUCCAAUUUUCAAUAUCUGCUGCUUGUUUCGCUCUCGGUUUCUAUAGCGAUUAGUUGCUGGUUUCUUUUCACAACAUCUACAGCGGAUAAAUGCAGAAGAUAGCUUAAACUGCUUCACCUCGUGAUCAUAUCAGCUCGAUCAUAGUCCCACCAAAUCCAAUGCAAAAACAAAACUCCGAAGUCUGUAUUACAAGUCUGGCUAGCUACCCGACGUGGUUCAUCCUCUAAGAGAGAGUAGAUGCGGAUCGAAGAUCUUCGCGAGACGGCCCAAGCGAAGAUCGGCACUCGAAGGCUUGAGGAGGUCUUCAACCUAUAUGUGGUUACAGAACUAGAUUAGUCAUGUAGAAGCUGCCUCUUUCGAUUUCUUUUCCUUAAUUUGAUACCCUGCAUCCUAACUUAGCUAGAUACUUGACAAGUUGGUGAUAAUGGUGAGCAGGACCUCAUGGUUUCGGUAUUGAAUGCUGGGGUCUCAUAUUGUUGGAUCUUUAUGGGGGGCUUGAAUCAUUUUUAGAUCAAUAGACUAAAUUAACCGCACAGUGUGGAGUCUUCGUUUUCACAUUCAUAGUCGACGUCCUCUAGAACUCUAGAUGCAGACCACUCGUACAUGUAGAUGUCCCCUUACUUCCAAUCCCAUACAACUCUUCGCAUUUGUUUGCUGUACUAACAAUAUUAUGCAAUAUGAACCCACAUCAAAGCUCUGGUCUUUAACCAUUUCUAUGCAUGCAUAACCACAAAACCAGUUAGUCAACCCUUUGUGACUUUGGAAUUUAUACAUUCCACCAACCACAUGAUCCAACUUCAAAGCCGGUGCCUACAUAUGAAUGCUAACAAUUUACCCUUUUUCCAAUAUUUGAGCAAAGCUAUAUGCUUCAAGAUCAAAACUUGAUUGGAGCAAAGAAUGUCCAAGUGAAUCCAAGAAUGAUGCUUUAACUUUAUAUUUGUAUACUGAAAGUCUGAAACUGUGCAAUUGCUGGUUUGGUUCUUCAUAUUCUCUCUGCCUACCCAAUAAUGUCCUCCUACACCUGUCCCCAUAAACAAUUUAGUUCAAGCAUCACUAAAAAUGUCUUAUUCCUCGUCAAACAGCCUCAUCAUAUAAAUUGGAGAUAGCUGACAAGUUAACCGAAGUCUCCAUUCAUCACCAGAAAUGAUGAACUCCAUCAAGUUAUUCAUUGCUCUCAUCAACACCCUGCUACUGCUGGAAAUUUCUCUGGCAGAUCCAAGAACACAAACAGUCCAAAUAACCUGUGGCAACCAACUUGAGCAUAACUCCAGCGUCUUUGUUCCAAAUUUCGUUGCUACAAUGGCAAAAAUCAGUGAGCAAAUGACAGCUUCUGGGUUUGGGGUGGCAGUCACUGGUUCAGGUCCUGACAUUAACUACGGCCUGGCUCAAUGCUAUGGAGAUCUUUCUCUACAAGACUGCACGCUGUGUUACGCUGAGGCUCGCACAGUGCUACCCAAAUGCUACCCUUAUAAUGGUGGUAGGAUAUUCUUUGAUGGUUGCUUCAUGAGGUCCGAGAAUUACAGCUUUUAUGAGGAGUUUAAAGGGCCAAAUGACACGGCUUUGUGUGGGAACACGACUAGAAAGAGUUCGUUGUUUCAAGCUUCGGCUAGGCAGGCUGUGAUGAAUAUUGUUCAAUCUGCGCCGAGCAACCGAGGGUAUGCAAGGGCUCAGGUUGGUGUCAGUGGGAAUUCGAAUGAAACAGUUUAUGUUCUGAGUGAUUGUUGGAAGAGUUUGAAUGAGAGUUCUUGCAAACAAUGUUUGGAAAAUGCUUCUGACUCAAUAUUGGGUUGCUUGCCUUGGUCUGAGGGGAGGGCAUUAAACACUGGCUGCUUCAUGAGGUAUUCAGAUACAGAUUUUCUCAACGAGGAAUUGGGAAGUGGAAGUUCUAGAGGUACCAUAGUUGUGAUAGUGGUCUCAGUUGUCAGUUCCCUGGUGGUUUUAGCAGUUGGAGGAGUUAUUGGAUUCUAUAUCUGGAAACACAGAUACAUACAAAAGAGAAGAAGAGGUUCCAAUGAUGCUGAAAAGAUGGCGAAAACCCUAAAUGACAGUAGCUUAAACUUCAAGUACUCUACAAUUGACAAGGCCACAGAAUCUUUUGCAAAUGAUAACAAGCUCGGACAAGGAGGAUUUGGAACAGUUUAUAAGGGAGCUUUGCCUGAUGGGAGAGAGAUUGCAGUGAAGAGGCUUUUCUUUAACAAUAGGCAUAGAGCAGCAGAUUUCUAUAAUGAAAUCAACAUUAUAAGCAGCGUGGAACACAAAAAUUUGGUUAGAUUGUUGGGUUGCAGUUGCUCAGGACCUGAAAGCCUCCUUGUCUAUGAAUACCUAGCCAACAAGAGUCUUGACCGCUUCAUUUUCGAUGAUACAAAAGGUAAAACACUGAACUGGGAGAAGAGAUAUAAGAUCAUUACUGGAACAGCAGAAGGUUUAGUCCAUCUUCAUGACAACUCUAAAACACGGAUUAUCCACAGAGACAUAAAAGCCAGCAACAUCCUUUUGGAUUCACGCCUUCGUGCUAAGAUUGCAGAUUUUGGGUUAGCUAGGUCUUUUGAGGAAGAUAAGAGUCACAUUAGCACAGCUAUUGCAGGAACAUUGGGGUAUAUGGCUCCAGAGUACCUAGCUCAUGGCCAGUUGACAGAAAAGGCAGAUGUCUACAGUUUUGGGGUACUGAUAAUGGAAAUCAUAACUGGGAGGCAGAAUAACAGAAGCAAAUCAGCAGAAUACUCAGACGGCCUAGUUACAAUUACAUGGAGGCAUUUUCAAGCAGGGGCUGCGGAAAAAAUAUACGACCCAAAUUUGAUGUUGCAGAAUGACAACAAUGACAAUGUUAAGAAUGAAAUAUUGAGAGUAGUACAAAUAGGACUGCUAUGCACCCAAGAGAUCCCUACAUUACGACCAUCAAUGUCAAAGGCACUGGAGAUGCUAACAAAGAAAGAGAAUAACCUUCCUGCACCCAGCAAUCCACCUUUCAUAGAUGAAAAGACCAUGGAACUAAAUGACACAUACGACAACCCAUGUUACCCCUUAAAUGCAGAUCGUUCUGGUUCUGUUGCUACUGUUUCACACAGUUCUUUCUACCCCAGGUGAUGACAACAACAGUUGAAGUGUUUACACACAAACAUCAUUACAGCAGUGCUUACACCUUGCAAGCACUUCGCUCGGCUUCUAGCAGGCAUUUUAUAGAGAUCAAUAUUUGUAAUGAAGCCAUAUUUUUGAUGCACUGCAAAUGGCAUU